ACAGAACAGAAAAAGAACAUCUGGUUUUAUUUGAUCUUUUUUUGUGCACUACCAAGACGUGCGAAAGGGGACGUGCGAAAGGGGACGUGUGUGAGAAGUCAGAAGGCGCUUAAGUAAAUGGAAUAUUUGCUGUCUGUCUGAACCAAAGAAAUAAAACUGUAUCAUAUUGAAACGCGGAGCAUCAGUGAAUUGAAAUCGAAUCAUCGUAGCAGGAGCAUCAGUUACUGUUUCAUAUGAAACUUUAACGUGUCGUAUCAGUGAUGCGAAUCGCAUCGGCCUCAGUUAUGGAGAAACACAACUUUAUACUGUAUCGCAUUACAGUUCCCUUUAAUCAAACGGCUCCCAGCAUGACACAAGCUUCAUGAAGACAUUGUUUUCUGAGGCUGGAGUUGAGGAACUUUGGAGAAAGUCACACAACACUGACCUUAACCCUAUUGAACACUUUUGGGAUGAACUGGAAAACUGACUGAACCCCAGACGUCCUCACGUCUUCACCACCAGUCCAUGAUCUCAAAAAUCCUCAACCUCGCACCUCAAACUGUAGUUUCCAGAGGAGAGGAACAGGAAAGCAGAGCGAGUCCAGAUAAACACCCCGGGUUAGUUUGGGAGUGGGAUGAGGACGGAUCGGUGCGAUGGUCAGGUGUUUAACUGAUGUCUGUGUUUAAAAGGUCUGAGAUGGACGCCUUGACUGAGGCUCUGUCCUCCAGCUUCUGUGUAAGCAGAGAAGCGAACAGCACCUCGGCUCCGCAUCCUCGUCUGGCGCAGUACAAGAGCAAAUACAGCGCCCUGGACCAGGACGAGCGGCGGAGGAAGUUCCUGCAGGAGCAGAAGCAGAAAAGGCUGAACUACGUGAAUCACGCUCGGCGUUUGGCAGACGGAGACUGGAUAGGGACAGAGAGUGACGAGGACGAGGAGAAGGAACAGAAAAAGCAGCAGCAGGAUGAAGCGGAAGACGAAGGGAUGGAGGUCGAGCAACGCAGAAAGUUGCCAAGGCAUUACGCCAACCAGCUGAUGUUGUCGGAGUGGCUGGUGGACGUUCCUGUGAAUCUUAGCGCCGACUGGCUGCUGGUGGUGUGUCCCGUCGGAAAGCGCUCGCUCAUCAUCGCAUCUAAGGGCUCCACUGCAUCGUACACUAAAAGUGGGUACUGUGUGAAUCGUUUCCCUUCUUUGCUGCCAGGAGGAAACAGACACAACUCGGCGAUGGGAAAAGAUUAUACCAUCCUAGACUGCAUUUACAGUGAAGUGGACAGGACCUUCUACAUCCUGGAUGUGAUGUGCUGGAGGGGGCAUCCUGUGUACGACUGUUCAUCUGAGUUCCGGUUCUACUGGCUGCAGUCGAAGGUCGACGAGGUAGAAGGACUGUCGGAGAUUUGCAAACGAAACCCUUUCCGUUUUGUGAGUCUGAACAGCAUCAGCUGUACAGCGGAGUCCAUUCAGAAGGCCCUGGCGCACGACUACAGCUUCAGCGUGGACGGGCUCCUGUUCUACCACCGUGAGACUCACUACACCCCAGGCAGCACUCCGCUAGUGGGAUGGCUCAGACCCUACAUGGUGCCGGACAUCCUGGGGAUCGAGGUGCCGCAGUGUCCCCUUACCACCAAGCCGGACUACGCUACUCACCAGAUGCAGCAGAUCCUAGAGCACAAGAAACCUUCCGAUCAGGUUCGGCCUGCGGAUCAGAACGGGAGAUACGAGCUAGAGCACCUCUCCACGCCCGAGACGCAAACGGGAAGCAGUGACCGGAAAGAACACAUGGAGAGCUGAUCAUGGAGAGCAGCAGUUUACUGCUUUCAUACCAAGAAAUGUUGUCGAACUGAGUUUUUGGAUUUAUCUAUUCAUUGAUAUGAUUUUAGAUUAGCUUAAAGACUGACUUUUUUUUUUGCUUUUCACGACGAAAGCGCAAUGAAUCCGGCCUUCGUUUUACCCAUCGGUUAAACGUCCCGGACCGCUUCGAACAUCGCUUCUUUUUCGUCGUCUUCAUUUUAAGUUCAAAAUGCCGUAACGAUUUUCUCUUUAACACCAAGGCUUCAGGACGUCAAGAAGAAGCAAAGAAAAUCCAUCAUGGGUCAAAAGAUGCUCGGAUUAGGUCGAGUUCACCAUGAAUGAUAGGAAUAUUCUUCAUCAAUGCCUUUUCUGAAAAAUUACAUUUUGAUAUUUUAAAUCUACAGCACCCUUGUAACCUGCGUUCUUACAAGACUUUUAAUGCUAUAUUAAUAAACGUAUUUUAUCCA